GGUACAGUCGAGAAGAAAAUUUCACCGAAUUUGGUAAUCACCAAAUUAGCUAACAAGAAAACGGUCGUUCCUAUGCAAGAAAAAAUGGUAAACGAUUCCCCCACUUUGCCAUUACAGGUAAUUGUGAAUGCUACCAAUCAAUCACAACAGGUACUCCCAGAAGCAACGAUCAGUUUUAUGGCAAGCAGUCCAGCAAGCAGUGUCGAUUCAGGCAUGUCAUCAUUAAGUUCUUCUAAUAGUUCACCAGCAUCAUCUCCUAAUUGUUCACCUAUAUCAGUUGAUAAUAUUCCAUUCCAUUACGGAACAAAUAUUGAGCAAAUAAUAGUGCCUCGUAACCGUUCUACUAGUGAAAGUAUUUCUGUGGUAAAUGGUCUUAAAAGUAUUUUGAAAAAGUCGACUGUGGGAUAUAUUACUGUAGGACGUUUCACCAGAUCGUAUUCAGAAUGUCAAAGUAGAGAAGAAUCAGAAAUUAACGGCAUAAUCGUUGAUAAAAAUUGUAAUAAUGAUAAAAAUUCUGUAGAUAAAAGUUCUGUAGAUAAAAGUUUUGUAGAUGAAAGUUUUGUAGAUGAAAGUUUUGUAGAUAAAAGUUUUGUAGGUAAAGUUCUGUAG